GUCAUUAAAGUGUCAUUCGAAUCUGUUUCGGAUCCCAAAACCAGCAUAGUAACCUCGUUUCGCCGUUCAAAACAUCCGCAAAGAAACGUUUACAUAGCAACUUGUAAACAAAAUGAUCAAUAUUCAAAAUCUUCGGGCCACCACCAGCUUACUGCAUACUGAAAUAAUUGAGAACGUUAUUUUACUCCAUGGAUAGCGAAGGUGAAGAAAUACCAGAAACUACCGAACUUCUCAGCCAAGAUCAAGAUGAAUCUGAAGAUUAUUCAACUUUUUUCCUUCAACCGGCAUCUUGUCCCUACAACAUCGCUGAGAAGGUUGAGGAAGCCAAUGUUGCCCUUCACAACGCAUCUCUAAACUCAGAAAAAUCUGCUAGAGUCCGCUUCAAAGAAGAUUUAGUCAGUUUCGAUGCUCAGUUAACAGACGAUGAUGUGGUUAGUAUUGAAAGCGAUCAUGCAGAACUUCCUUUUAUGGAACAACAAAAAAUGGAUCAAACCAUUGUUUUCGAAUACAAAACCAACAACACCAAUAUGUUCAGUAUAGAUGAAGACUGCGAAGACGAGAUCAUUGAGGAUAUCGAGUGUGAACUGGAGGGUGUGAAAGAAAAAGACUCAAAUAAGGGAAUUGCAGAACCCGAAACUAAGGUAAUUCCUCACGAAGACAAGCAAAUUCGAGAGAACGAAACACCAGACUCGAAUACGUCAGGAGAGUUCAAAACGAAGAAUAAAUGUAGAAAAAAAUCACCAAAAUUCAUAAACUGUAAGUACCAUUGCAUCGAACGAAUAGAAACAGAGUUAUCUGAUGCAAUCAGAAAAUUAUCAUUGUACGAAAAACCUCCGGUAUGUCCUCCACUAAAAUUGAUAGAUCGUAAAUGUUGUACAAGGAAUCAUAAAAGGAAUCCUACAAGUUUACCUAAAUAUCAAGGUUUACGAUCGGAAUAUGGACUUAGCAUAGAGCAGAUAACCAGAAGACAGAAGAUUAAAGAAAUGAUUCGUUCGAGGGAAGAAAAAAGACAAGAAUUGAUCAAAGAAUAUGAGAAAAAAAGGGAAGAAGUCAACGAGCAAGUGUUCUGCGAUUGGUUGAAGAAAAUAUCGGACAGAAAACAUCGGGUUGGAUUCAAGGAAUUCAGGGAAGGUCUGAAUAAACCACCUCCACCUUCAAGACCGGUAUCUUCGUCAAAAACAUCAAGCAGAGCAGUUGGAAGCUCUAAAUCUACUUCCGAGUCUGGAUAUUCAUCGAAAACUUCAAGUGAGAAGAACACUAGAGCAAGAAGUGGAGGCCAAAAUGUGUACGUUGAAGUGCCCAGGAAUGUUUUGCAACGGGGUAUUACCGUAGAAAAUCUGUUGAAUAGUUUCGGGCAAUCCAAAAAACUUUAUAUAACAACAGUUUCGUGAUAUUCACAGAUACUAGUGUAAUUUCGUCAAGAUGCCUGUUUUUAUAGAGCUUAAAUUUUCGGAAUGUUUUAGUUGAUUAACUUUGAAAUUGGAACUCUGAAACUAAGAAAGAAUUAAACUUUGUGUUAUAAUUUAUAUAUUCUGUACAAAAUUAAAUUUGCAGGAACUCUGAAAAA